UCUGGAAUUUCUCUCUCACAGAGGAGAGAGAAAGAAGAGAGAGAGAGAAAGAAGCAUUGACAAACUAUUAGCCGUAAAUCUAUUUCCUUCGGCUGUUUGUGUUAUGUUCAACAGAAGCUGAGAAAGAACCCAGAAACCCAGGUGAAAAAUGGCGGCAUCAGUGGAGAAAGACACUGUGAAUGAGGAGAUCGUGUCCGUCGAACUCCCUGCUCCUCCUGGCUGGAAGAAAAAGUUCUUCCCUAAGCAAGGUAAUUCCCCUAAGAAAUAUGAAGUCAUCUUCAUAACUCCGACAGGCGAGGAGUUCAGCAACAAAAGAAAGUUGGAUCAGUACCUGAAGUCACACCCUGGUGGCCCAGCAUCAGCUGAAUUUGAUUGGGGCACGGGUGAGACGCCGAGGAGGUCAGCAAGGAUAAGUGAAAAGGCUAAAGUGAUUUCACCAAUGGAGAGUGAGCACCCAAAGAGAAAAAGAACUUCGGUGUCCAAGAAAGGUCUUAAAGAAAUAGAAACUGAACCAGCAGAAGUUCGGGAGGAGAAGAAAGAAGUUGACAACCAAGAUGCUGGAAAAGAUGAGACCAUAGCUGAUGCUGAGGUAAAGGAUGAUGAUAAGAACGAAACGAAAGAUGAAGCUGCCGAAGCAGAUCCACCAAAGCCCGACGACCAGUUGAAUGCAGAUAAUGAUGCUGAUAUAAAGGAUGCUGAUAAGAAGGAAAAUCAAGACGAGAAGGAAACGAAAGAUGAAGCUGCCGAAGCAGAGCCACCGAAACCUGAUGACCAGUUGAAUGCAGAUAAUGAUGCUGAAAAACAAGAACAUAAGAUAACUAGUGAAUCCGAACAAGAAAAAUUGGAAAGAAACCUCAAUGAGAAGGAACCCGAAAGCUCAAAACUAAACCUCAAUGAGAAUCUGGAAGGAGCAAAGCAUGACGAAAAGAUCGAGCAACCACAAGUUGAGGAGAAGAAUGAUAGUACUUUGGGUGAAACUGUCAAACCUGACACUCUUCUAUCUGAUAGACAAGAAAAGGAACAAGAGAAUCAAAAACCUUGUGAACAGGAUAUUGAACUAGAAGGAGAAAUCAAGGACAAAGCAGCUGCAACUGAAGAGAAGAAUGAGAAACAUACUGAGACAAACAAGAGCAUAGAAGCCACUGAAAAUGGUAGCCACAGGAAUGAUGCUGGUGAGGUAAAGCCUUGAAGAUGAUAUCACGUUUCUGGCUAUGGCUCCUUCAUUUGUCUUUCCAACAGAUUCAGAUUGCUGGGUAGGUCUGUAAUUCGGAUGUGGUUAAUUGUAGUAAUCUAAUUAUUGACAGAAACAUCCAUCCAUCCAUACAAGCAAUAGAUUAGGGUUAUUAUGUUCCAUCGCUUGUUGUUCAUUUGUACUGAAUAAGAUUGUAGCUUGUAAUGACCUCUGUAACAUUUAAGUGUAAUAUGCUUGUACUAUGAUCUUGUAUUUGUAAACCUUUGUAAGGUAGAGUUCUAUCCAUACUGAUUUAGUUGAAUCCUUGUUUGAUUCA